AUUUAAAUAGAAGAUGAAUAUAGAGGUAGGGAGUAAAAUAGAUAGAAAUUAUGAGGAGGGACUGACUUAGAAGUUUAAUAAGGGAUUGAGGAUUUUUAAAGAAAGUUCACAAAAAUUUAACGGCCUGAAAUUUAAAAAUUGUUAUUAUGCUAUACGUCAUAUUUGCUCAAAAGAUAUAUCAUGCCGAAAUUAAUGAUAAUUAAUUAGAAGACUCAAGCACCGAACUAAUAAGGCAAAAAGCGAAAUAGAAGAUAAAGUAAACCCAUUUUCACGUAAUAAAACUCUCCAAUCCCUACCCCACACAUCACUAUUUUUUUACCUCUCAAAAUCCUUUUCGAAAACCCGAGAACAAUUUUUAUUUGUGUUUCCUUUUUCCACUUUCCUUAACCAUCUCAUAAUUAUUACUCAUACGCACCAAUUGAGUGAGAUGAAGAGACACAAUCAAAUAAUAUUCACAACCGCCCUAUCACUCCUCUUCACCCUAACCACUGUCGACACGUCAUCCCUUCCCGGCACCGUGGCCGCGUUCCGGGUCAUCAACCGGAGGCGGCUGGUCGGAUGCCCCGACCCGAACCCGUAUCUCGAGAUCCACGUCAGCUCCGACCAGAGACUUCCCGACCAAGGGUUCGUGGAGGUCAACGUCACGGGAGUUGUUUUUCCGUCGGAACACGAUUGGAUGGCCAUGAUUUCCCCAUCUGAUUCCGAUGUGAAAACAUGUGUGGAGAAUAAACUUAAGUACGAAGAAACAGGAGAUUCUAGCCAUCUUCCUCUCCUCUGCCACUAUCCUGUUAAGGCUCAGAACUUGACAAGUGAUCCAUAUUACCUGAAUUGCACCAACAAAGAAUGCAAGAAGCAGUUGGCGGGAAAAUGCUUGGUAAGGACAUGUUCGGCGACGUUAAGGUUUCACGUCGUCAACAUACGAACAGACAUUGAAUUUGUGCUGUUUGGCGGCGGGUUUGACACGCCUUGCAUUUUGAAAAGAUCUGAUCCUCUGAGCUUUGCCAACCCAAACAGUCCCUUAUACGGACACCUGUCGUCGCCUGAUUCGACGGGAACUAAGGUGCGUAUAUAUGCUCGUCUUUGCUGAUAUAUGCUUGAUUGUUGACUAAGUAAUAUUUACGGUCUUCGGGUGUAAAUUUUCCUUUUUCUUUUUCAUUUUUACUGGACGUGCCGUGGUAAAAUUUUAUUAUUUACUCAAAAUGAUUUUGGCAGAAUUUGUCAAUGAAUUUCUUCUUAACUUGAC